ACAUGGUGGCAACGCCAUGUCCCAAAACAUGCAUGAUCAAGGUAUGCAUGUCAAGGUAUGUAUGCCACUUGUGGGGACUUGAAUAGGAAGUGAGUUUUCCUCAUUGCGGUCAAAGGAAGCGGUCCUGCAAUGACCGACACUGCAAAUCAUGCAACUCAUGCAGGGCGCAGUAGUGUCCUGUCAGAGGUCAGGAUCGUCCUCCUGGGCAGCCGAUACUCUGGCAAGAGCUCUACAGGAAACACCAUCUUGGGCCGCGAGGCGUUCAGAGACACAACCGAGGAGUGCGUGAGCCAGGAGGGCGUCGUCUUCGGCCGGAAGGUCACCGUGGUGGAGGUCCCUGCCUGGAGGGGGCGCUAUUUUGCCCUGGAGUCCCUGGAGACCACUCGGAGGCGUCUGGAGGCCAACCUGUCCCUGUGCCUGCCCGGGCCCCAUGCACUGCUUAUGGUCAUCCCGCUCGAGACUAUCCGGGGCAAAGAGUGGCUGGUCGAGGAGCUUCUAGAGUACCCCAUCGAGAGCAUCUGGGGCCACACCAUCGUGCUCAUCACGGGGGGAGACGCAUUGGAAGACACCAAUAUCGAGACCCUUAUCGACAAGGAGGUCCGGGAGAUCAUCAGACGGUGUGGGAACAGGUACCAUGUGAUGGACAACAAGAGCUGGGGCCGCGGCCACCAGGUGGAGGAUCUGCUGGAGAAGAUAGAGGAGAUGGUUGCUGCUCAGGACGGGAGGUGCUUUGAGGUGAGCGAGGAGAUCUCACGAGACUUGGAAAGGAGGAGUAGAGAGGUGGGGGAGAGAGCGAGGAGACGGCUGCAAAGAGCAGGAAAAAGGAGGAAAACACUCCAAGGGCUUCUCGCAGGAGUAGCCCAGAGACCAUCCGACUUAAAUCUCUUCCUCCUGGCGGGCAAAUAUGCGGGAAAGAGUUCAGCUGCUAACACCCUCCUGGGCCGUGAGGAGUUCGGCCAGGAGACAUGUGCGUGCCAGCGGGCAUGCGUGACAGUCGCCGGCCGUCGCCUCACCGUCAUCGACACAGUGGGUUGGGACUGGCGCUCCCUGGAGGACACGUCAGAGUCCGUGCGGCAGGAGCUACUCCGCAGUCUGAGCCUUCGCGGCCCGGGCCCAGUGGCCUUCCUCCUCGUCUUCCCCAGCCCCUUGGGCAUGACGGAGAACGACAGACAGGCCCUGGUGCAGAACCUGGAGCUUCUGGGUAAGGAGCCGUGGCAGAGAGCGCUGGUGCUGUUUGUGAUGGGAGAGGGCUACGAAUUCAACGAGGUCAGCGUGGAGGAACACACAGAGAGCUGGAGGGCGCUGCGCUGGGUAGUGGACAUGUGUGGGAACAGGUACCAUGUGCUGGACGUGGAUCAGCCUGUGGGGCAGGACCAGGCUCAGGUGGUGGAGCUGCUGGAGAAGGUGGAGGAGAUGGUGGUGGGCUGGGACCGUGAGCUGCUGCUGGAGGCGUUGGAGCGGAGUGAGGAGAGCAAUGCGCAGCUCAGGGCGCUGUGCGCCUCGCAGCAGAGAGCCCUCCUGCAGAUGGAGGAGAUGAUCGAGGGCCACGCGCAGGAGAUGGAGCUGCUCAGCCAGGACAGUGAGGAGGCCGUUAACUAGAGGGGACUCGACUGGCAAGCACUGGCAAAGGGCUGAGAGUUACUGUGAUGAAUAGCGUGGGGUUAAAAGGGAAAAGGGUCACCAUUUUCCCAAGUCAGUUAUGAGCAUUGUGUAUCUGUGCAGUUUUAAGUGACUGUAUGUAUCUUGUAAGAAACCGACAUAUUAAUAUGCUUCCUAGGUAACGUUUCGGUUAGUCUUGGUGGAAAGGAUGAAAAGCCUUUUCCAACCUUUUUUCCAAAAGCAAAUGUUACCAUUAAACAAAAGCCCCCUUUUCUCAGUG